UCAUUUACGGCAGUGCCUGGGUCGGGAGUGGAAACGGCCUCGAGUGACGGGCUGUGUGUCGGUGCCGCCUGUGCCGGGGUUUUCUCUCCGUCCUCAGUCUCUUUCUUCCCCCCCUUCCCUCCCCCCCUUGUCCCCCUGUAUCCGUGCGGGUGUCGGCCUUCACCUGACAAACCCCGGCUUUGGCCUGGUCCGGUCCACCGCGGGAUGUUCGAGUGCUGAGGGCGGCGAGUUUCUUCCCUUCCCCCCCCCCUCUACCCACCCACCCACCACCCCCCAUCCUCCCCGCCCCACCAACCCCCCUCCCGCGGUUGGAUCCGUGUCUUCCCCCUCUCUGGCCGAUUUGUCCCCAUGCUGUCGCUGCAUUGCUUCACUCUUUAGGAUGUCGGACCUGCCAGCUGGGCCCAGCGUGCUCUCCCCACCCCCUGCUGAAAUCUCGGCCUUUCCCGCUGCUCUCAGUCACUCCGCAGGCUACGGCCAGCUGCCCGAGCCGCAGCAGAGCGAGGGCAGCGAGAAACCUGAGGCCGCUUUGCACGGUUCGGGGCAGGAAUGUGUCGAUGAAGUCGGGCCGAAACCGGCGAAUAGUGUUCUAGCCUUCCCGGAGACCACCCGAGCGAAAAAGGGUGUCCUGCACCUCCAUCACCACCAUCAGCAACAGCGGGUACUGAACGGCUGCGUUAUUCUAAACCCUGAGCUCCACUACAAAGCGGAUCGCACAGGCCGGGUCUCCAGUGCCGAGGCCGACGCCGAGUUUAACGCGGGACUGUCACUGCCCCAAGGUGGCAGAAGGAAACCUGACGCCACCAGUUGUGGGAAUCCCGAAGUGAAUCAUGCGAACCAAAGGACUGCCGAGGCGGCUGAGGCCGAUACUCAAAUGCCCAGGGAUGGACUUGAUCGGAUUGGUGUCAGCCCGGAUGACGAAGAUCAGUCGUGCCUGGCCGGCUCGGUAGCCGCUUGCAGUUUGCAUGCCCCACAAGAGCCUGACACGAACGAAAGGAUACGUUACGUUGGCUAUGAGUCAGAGUUGCAAAUGCCAGAUAUAAUGAGGUUGAUCACGAAGGAUUUGUCUGAACCUUAUUCCAUAUAUACCUAUAGAUAUUUUAUUCACAACUGGCCACAGCUUUGUUUUCUGGCUAUGGUUGGAAAUGAGUGUGUGGGUGCCAUUGUCUGCAAGUUAGACAUGCACAAGAAGAUGUUCAGGAGAGGAUACAUAGCUAUGUUAGCAGUGGAUUCCAAAUACCGAAGAAAAUGCAUAGGCACAAAUCUAGUGAAGAAAGCAAUUUAUGCCAUGGUAGAAGGUGACUGUGAUGAGGUUGUUCUGGAAACUGAGAUUACAAACAAAUCUGCCCUGAAACUCUAUGAAAAUCUUGGAUUUGUGAGAGACAAAAGGCUGUUCAGAUAUUACUUAAAUGGAGUUGAUGCAUUGCGUCUUAAACUGUGGCUACGUUAAAGAACUAAAAAGAACGAGUUCAAUUGAGUCCUUUUUGCAUGCACUGCAAUUUUUUUAUGAAUUGCUUUGCAAUAGGGCUCUUGAUUUCAAUGCAGCUCUUAUCUGUCUGUGUCUCCAUUGAGUGUCACAUACAUUUGUUGCACUAUGGCAUGGCGCAAUUGUGCUAAAUAAAAAAAGGAUUUUUUGUCUCAAAAUUGUCAAAAUAUUCAUGGAUGAAUUGUGAUACCAGAAAGAUGGAACAAUUGUUCUGAGAUGCAUCAUUUUGGUGAAUGUGAGAAAAGAUACAAAGUUGUCUGUCAUUUGCAACAGACAGCAUCUCAAAUGACCUAUUGGUGGAAAAUGUUUUGUGGCUUCCAGAGAGCUUGUAUGUUGAUAUUUCUCCAUGGAUUUACACCGACAUUUCAUUCAGAAAUUUGCCAGAUUAAAUAUUGAACUCCACAAAGGGUGUUAAUUCUGUUUUUCAGAUUUUAUUUUUCAUAUUAAAUUUUCCAUGUAAUAAUUCUUGGUACCUCAGCGAUCACUGAAUGAAGAAAGCACAUAUUAGGAGUCGUGUGUAUGUGUGUGAGCAUAACAACAAAGUAACAUUGCGUCUGCCAGUGCCUGUAUAGAUGUGCAUUUAAGUCUCAUUUCCAGUUUGAGUGCAUGCUUUUUUUUUCCAGACAAUCUUGCAGCAGAGCUUUUAAUUUUAUUUGAACAAUGGUUUUGGUGGUGAGUGACUCUGCUUUUUCCAUGAUUAGGAUUUUUUUUCCCCUCAACAAAAGAAAUGAUAUUGUUGCUUUGGAAGCUAUCUGGUAAUUAUUUUAAGUGAAAGAUUUUUUUUUAUUUUGGAGAAUUGUCCAGUAGUUGCUAUACUUAAAGUCCCCUUGUACACCACUAUAUUUUGCUGAUUCUGUAUAAUGCACUUUUCUUGGUUUGACUAGAUUUUUUAAAAUAACAGAUUGUAUGUCUGUAUACAAUUUUAACCAAGAAUUGAUUUGGAAUCUUGGAAGCCAUGAAAGAGUGGAUUUUUAAAGCUAUUGGGACACAUUUUAUUGUCCAUAUUAGUAUGCAAGCAGGUCGUCUGCAGGAUCCCCACCCACUAGCCACAUAACUUGGCCGUUUCUAAAAGACAAAAUUUGAAGUGCAUUGUACCAAAUUUAUGUUCAAAAUCUGUACAUCCUUUCUGCAGCAGAGCUCUUCUUUCCUUUUGGAGCUAAUGGUUAUUUUCACUCUUGAGUAUAUGAGCUACUUGGAACUUUACUGCUUUAUGUGUUUCAAAAAAAAACACAAUCUGCCUUAUUUUUUUGGGAAGGGUAGAUGGCCACUGAACAACGGAUUUGACACAUUCAUCAGUUUACAAGUGCAAAACAUCAGAUGGAGUUUGGAGCAGAGCACACUUCAUAGAAUGGAUCCUUGGACUUGCAUAAACCAACUUGAUUUCAUUGCCACACAGUUUUAUUGGAGUUAAGGAUAGUAUACGAGAUUGGGCAAUUGUUCAAUAUCAAUGAUUUAAUUCUGUGUUGAAUUAUUGAACUUCUGUUUAGUCAGUAAAUGUUACUGAAUUUCACUGGUAUCCCUGCUGCUCCAAAGAGCAGGACUAAAUCUACAAAAAGGGGUUAAACAGAAAUUGCAAUGUUUGUAAGAUAACUCUGUAAGAUGCAGUAAAUAAAGUGAAAAGUG